CUUAAAAUAAGUAGCAAGGUGGAUUCGCCUUGAUAAGUAGGUAAUGUUAAUUUGAAUUCACAGCUGCUAGCAUCGAUUUUAAAACGUCGCUUCCGAAAUGCAACAGGCAACAAAUAAGAAAAAGUCGAAUUGCUUGCGGUGGUCAGAUAAUGUUUUCGAUAAAAUCUAUUGGUUGCCGUUGGUACGCUAUAAACGUCCGAAUGCAAGUGAAUUGCAGCAAGCAUCAGAAUUUUUCAUUUACCAUUACGUGCAUGGUACAGGAGAAGUGGUGGAUUGGCAAAAUACGUUGAAUACUUUAUUGCUCGGUCUGAAAGUAGGCAACUGUGACUGUUAUGCAUACGUACUCGCCAAUGAAGAUGAAAGAAAAGUGGCAGAGCCCGAAAUUCAGCUACCAUGGAAUCAAACGACUUAUAAAGUUGAAUGUCGUAGUUUAGGCACAGUUGGUGAUGAUGCACCAUUACAUGCUUGGAUGCACUGGUGUCGUCGAGAGCUUGGCGAAAACUUUGCACAAUUAGCAAAUUAUUUAGGAGUUAUAAGCCUUUUCCUCUGUGGACUAAUUGUUGGUAAAACAAUUUUCGAACGGAAUUUUCGCAAAAUUGAUAAAUUAAUGAGGAAUGCAUUUGAAUAUAAAUUCAAUAUCGGAAAUACGACGCCAAUUCCUAACAAAGCACUUUUUCGAACGCUUUCUAUAGUCUUGGAUACCUCCCAGCCAUUCGCCAAAGAGGUGGUGUGCAGACUAACACAACAGCGCCUGCAACUUCAGCAGCAGAAACAACAACAGCAUUUAAAGGAACCGCAGCAAGAAUUGCAUGACACAAUUAUCGAAAUUCAAAGUGUUGCUGGCUACAGAAGUUUCGAGAAAUAUGGCGCCGGCUUGUGGCAUUGGUUUUGUUUGGCAAAAGAAAAGCUAGGCAUAAGUGAUAAAAAUUUACUCGAAAUGCUUAGUGUUAUUGGUGAUUUCAACGAAUCUGUCGCAGUAUUGCAAGAUUUUGCAGACUACAUUUCGAAGGCGGAUAUUCGUACUUGGCGGAUCGCUCGGCUUUUGAGGAAGACUGCCUUCGGGAGUUUAGAUUUGUAUAGUGCUGCUAAUUUGCUAACAUUUGGUGUUUUUGUUGCUAUUGUUAGUGAUGAAGACUUUGAUACUUGUAAAAACAAAAAUUCUGUAUUUGCUAGAUUGAAGGAAUUAGGGCAAGAGGGUAAAGCAAUAAGUGUAGGUCGGUCUUUGUUAGAUGCGACUCAGCGUGAAAGAAAACAUAAAAUUAAUAAAAAUAUUAAGGUAGCUUAGCUCUUUUAUAUUAAGUUAAUCUAUAAUUUUAAUUAUAUUUUAUUUAAUUAUAAUAAUAAUAAUAAAAAGAAAUAGGAUUUCUCAUAAUAAAUAUUUGUUUUUAAUUUUCAGUAUCGACAUUUUU